GUUAACUAGUUAACAUCAUGAGUGGAUUGAGGCUGAUUGUCCUCCUAGUAAUCUACGUCAGUGGAUUCGUAUCUACCGACGAACAUCAUUCGAAAAUCAACUGCAAAAUUAUCGACGAUGGAACACCUCUCUAUAAACUCAAAAAACACCUUCUCUGCGAUUACGAUCCUGGAAUUAGACCUGGACACGGAUCAAAAAAUGCAACUGUUGUCCAGGCCACAGUUUUCCCGCGAAACGUCUUUUUUACCAGUUACAAUUCCAAAAUGAAGAUAAACAGCUGGCUCUUUAUCGAAUGGUUCGACCCUUUUCUUACUUGGAAACCGGAGGAACAUGAUGACAUAAAACGUUUGUUUCUAAGGAGAAAAGAAAUUUGGAUUCCAGAAGUGUACACAAUGGAUCCAAGCGGUGAAGAUAUCAAAAGAAUACCCGACACCAAAUGUCGGUUGUCGUACACAGGUGAAAUAAUCUGUGUUCCCUCAAUUUCCUACAUCGUGCCAUGCGUCUCUGAUUACACCCACUGGCCCUGGGACACCCACAACUGCACCUUGCAAUUGGGUGCAUGGAGUUACUCCGAUGAAGAGAUAAAUUUCGGUAAUGAAUCUGGUUUGAUAAUCGAUCACUACCGAAGGACCGACCAGUGGAGGAUUUCUCCCCCAAUGAUGACAAUGACGAGUCAAAAAUCAAAAUUAUCUAGCAAUGCUAGUUUUCCAUCUUUCACAAUGUCAGUUCUCCUGACUAGGACAGAAACAGCCUUGAAGAGUGUUUUCGUCACGCCAGUCAUAAUCUUGACUGUGGUAACUCUGACAAUUCUGUGGCUGAGGCCGGGAUCUAUCGAGCGUCUUAUAUUAUGUUGUUUGAAUCUCUUGGGACAUUUGCUGAUUCUUCGGCAUCUGCACUACAGAGUUCCUAGUACGGGGAAAAGCGUUCCUAAUAUCGUGGUAUUCUACAACAAUUCGCUCAUCCUCUCGGCGUUGGUAUUGAUGUUGAGCUGUUGGCUCCAGAAACUUCUCAAGUCGAAACGAGAAGUGCCUAUGUGGCUGGUCUCACAUGUCUCAGUCAUCCUUACGAGUAAAGUCGGACAAUUACUGUCGAUCAAUAUCAUGGAUCCCAAAGGAUCGGCAUUGCUGCAAGAUGAUGCUGAUGACAACAGUGGUCUAUUGGAUUCACAACCGAAAAACUACAACUGGGAGGAUGUUGUCGCAGUCAUUGGGUGGCUCUUACUCUUCACUUUUGGUUUCACGUAUUUUGUCAUGUGUCUUGCUCUCCUCACUUGAGGAUUUAUCAAAAUUUAGAAUUAAAGAGAAUUGCCUGCAGGUAUUUUAUCUAAAACCAAUUAAUUGGAUAGAUAUGGUGAGGAUGCAAUUGACAGUCUCACGUGUAUAGUAUUCUCAUUCAUUCGUCAUCUUCUAAUUGAUCACAACCGGUAAUAGGAAUUCAUCUACGAACCACUCGAUUAAUUAAUUAUGUGUU